UUGCACUCGUUUUUCGAGGAAAAGUGAAAAUUUUUAAUAAAAUAGAAUUUCAAUUAAAAAUCGUAAUUUAUUUAAUAAUUUUUACAAAAAAUCUAAAUUAAACCUUAGCAAAAUGUCUUUUAUGAAUCCCGUUGAUAUGGUGGAAGAAGAUGCUGCCGAUUUGCAGUUUCCCAAAGUUCGCGGCGUAUCGAAAAAGAAAUGUAAAAAGAAAUUAAUUAAGGCUUUGGUGACACCGGAGACUAAAUAUUUGGUUGCCUCCUAUAAUCCCCAACACUUUAACAAUCGCUUGGAACAGCAAAUACAACAUUCAACUACAGUAGAAGACUUAAAGAACAACUAUAGACAUGAUCAUCAAUGUGCAUGUUGCCAUUUGGCUUUGCAAGAACCCUAUGUAAAAUGUGCCGAUUGUUCAGCAGAAUUAUGUCUGCAAUGUUUUGCUAAAGGAAGGGAAACCAUAAAACAUUACAAUAAUCAUGCUUAUAUUAUCAUAAAAGAUGAUAUACAAAUAUUUCCCGGUCCUGGCAAUUGGACAGCACGAGAUGAACGUGUACUCCUGAACAGCCUACAAACUCAAGGUUAUGGUAAUUGGGAGGCAGUGGCCAAAUCAUUGCAAUAUCGUUAUUCGGUGUCAGAAUGUCGCCAACAUUAUCAUGAUAAUUAUUUUGGUGGGAUAUUUGAGCGUUUACUGGGCCUGCAACAUGCAACUCAAACUUAUAUGCCCGAAAAUAUGCCAUAUGUGGUAAAAAUGCGUUCAGUAAAUCCACCCAGACAUGAUGAUAUUACCUCCAUGCAAUUCAAAAUGAUGGCUGGUUAUCGGUGUGCACGUGGAGACUUUGAUACACCCUACGAUGUAACAGCCGAAAGUCUUUUGACCACCAUAUGCGAAUCGGAAAAUAAUCUACGUAAUAUUCCUGCCAUCGAAGGGCCGGCUGGGGAUCAGACAGCUUUGUGUGUAGAGGAACUGAAAUUAGCUAUAGUAAGAUCCUAUAAUCAUCGUUUAAGAGAGCGUCAACGUCGUUAUAAAAUUAUGCGAGAUCAUGGUUUGAUAAUGGCAAAUCGUUGCCUGGGUUGGAUUACAAAAUAUGCAGAUGCUUUGCGUUCAGAACAGAAUUGUAAACGGUUUUUGGCCUUUAUGCAGCUGUGUGAACCGGUGAAAUUUGAUUUGCUAAUGGAGGGUUUAAAAUAUUUUAGUGAUUUACAAAAGACCAUAUUUCGUUUGUACGAACUGCGGCAAAAUGGUGUACGCAGCAUGGUUGGUGGUUCUUUAUAUUUUAAAUUGAAAAAGAAACGUAUGUACGAACAACGAGAACGUGUUAAAAAUGAACGGCAACGUUGUCAAUACGAUUGGCGUAAAUUGAUACCAAACGGCAACACAACAACACUGGAAACAUUUGGCGGCACCUAUUUUAUAACACCCACUACAAAUGCAAUGCCCAGAAAAAAAGCAGCCCCCAUGGAUGUAUAUGGUUUACCCGGCUUUGCCAAACUCAGUGAAGAGGAACGUAAACUGUGCAGUGUGGCCCGCAUUGUGCCACAGGCAUAUUUAGAUUAUAAAAAUAUUUUAGUGGCUGAAAACUCUAAAGUGGGACAUUUACGUUUGGCCGAUGCCCGUCGUUUAAUUAAAAUCGAUGUGAAUAAGACUCGUCAAAUUUAUGAUUUUCUUAUAGAACAUGGUCAUAUUAAUAAACCUAAUUGAAAAUUUA